AAAAAGAUUGCAGCACCACAAUUUCGCAUAUGGUCUCCCACUACACUACUCAGUGUGGCCCUAUGCAGCUUAACUAACGUUGAUCGGACGGGAAACAGUGCUUCCUGCAUGGUAUGGCCGCAACCGACGUUCGUAAUUGAAGAAACGUCAGAUAGUGUAAAUGUAAAAUUAUUAGGAAGUUGCAUCACCUUUUAUUGUGCAUCAUUUGUUGACCUCAAUUCUAAUACCUUGCAAAUAGUGGAGAUGCUAGCUGCUUUACACUUAAAAGGUACGUAUCUGGGGACUGUUUAA